CCAAAUUAAUAAAACUCCGAGUUGAAUGAUAUUGUAUGAUAUUGCACAAUGCCCAUGAGAAACAGGAUUCGAAACUUGUUCAGGAGGAACAAGCGGAAACGUCUGGCAUCGGAGCACGUAGAGAGUGAGGCCACUGAUAAUAGCGGUGGUGAUGCCCAGAACAGCAGCAACGAGGAUGAGGCCAAGAAGGAGAAUCGAGUGGAGAUCCUGCCUCCUCCGCCGAUGGAGGGCGAGAUGCCCACCUACUUCCAUGUGGGGCUCCUGGCGAAGAUGUGCCUCAUCCACGGCUACUCGAACGGCCUUUGGAAGCUGCAGAGCACCUCGAAAACCGAGAAGGACUUCUUCCUGAGCAGCUUCGGUGAGGGCUAUCCGACCUGGAACUCUGUCUACGGAGGACUGGAGGCCUACAAAGAAGAGGGGAACUUUCACGUAUCCCUAGCCUGGCUGACCGACGGAUACUUGCUGUCCGACCUUGGAGCACGUGGAGACGUCCUGGGAGGUAUGUGGUCCUCCGUCGUAAAGUCUAUGCUCGGCACGAGUGAAGGAUGUGAGUAUCAAUGCAAGGUGAAGUGCGCUUUCGAACGAAAUCCCGCGAAAGUGGAGCUGUAUGUCCCCAUUUACAAGGAUCCCCUCUUUAUGGGCUACAUUCUGGCUGAGCCUGCCAAAAAUUACCUGUUAGGUUACCGCACAGUAUUCAAUGUGGAAGAUAAGAAAUUCAGCAUGCAUGCCCUUUGCAUGGGCUAUAGCAGUGGUUCCACAGAAGUAGGACUGAAACUUGAGAACUUCGAGACAAUUCGAGGAUCUAUAUUUCAGCGCAUUGGGGAAAAGUGGGCCUUGGCCUUAAAGGCGAACCUUUAUGGAAACGUUAAUGCCAAGAGUGUGCACAUUGGGGGCCAGUACGAGUUGGAACCUGGAACUUCGAUAAAGGCAAAAGUGCGAGGGGACACCCGCCUUGGUUUUGUCUUUCAACGGAAACUUCGUGAGGACAUUGAAGUUUUGCUUCACUUUUGUUUUGAAGGAAAAUAUCCAAUUAAUGGAAAGCAUAAGUUCGGCGCAUCCUGGUACUUUAAUAUGUAGGCUCUAAAUUGGUGUUUGU